AUGUCUUCACCCAAGAUUGCUAUUGUCAUUUAUUCCAUGUACGGCCACAUCGCACAGUUGGCCGAGGCUGAGAAGGCUGGUAUCGAGGCUGCUGGUGGCAAGGCCACGAUCUACCAAGUCGCGGAGACUCUCCCUCAGGAGGUUCUCACCAAGAUGUACGCUCCUGCUAAACCCGACUACCCUAUCGCCACCGCCGAGACUCUCACCGAAUACGAUGGAUUCAUCUUCGGCAUCCCCACCAGAUUCGGUAAUAUGCCCGCUCAACUCAAGACUUUCUGGGAUACUACUGGACAGCUUUGGGCCAAAGGUGCUCUCGCUGGAAAAUACGCUGGCGUAUUCGUCUCGACCGCUGGUCUCGGAGGAGGACAGGAGUCCACCAUCUUGAACUUCAUCACCACCCUUGCUCACCACGGAAUCCUUUACGUCCCUCUUGGCUACUCUACUGCCUUCGGUCAAUUGACCAACGUCGAUGAAGUUCAUGGAGGAUCCCCCUACGGAGCUGGAACCCUGGCAUCCGGCACCGGUGCCCGUCAACCCUCGAAGCUCGAGCUCGAAGUUGCCACAAUCCAAGGAAAAUCCUUCUACGAGACCCUUUCCAAGGUCAAACUAUAG